GGCAGCACUGACUCCAACUCUCUUAUGUUCAUCUGUGAGAUUCCUGUGAAGGUGACACAGUGGGAAAGAUGGCGACGGCCUACCUGACCCAUCAACAGAAAGUCCUUCGACUUUACAAAAAAUCACUGAGACAUCUUGAGUCAUGGUGUAUUUUCAGGGAUAAAUUUCGUUUCUAUGCUUGUUUGAUGCGAGCACGCUUUGAUGAGAACAAACAUGAGAAGGAUAUGGUGAAAGCCACCCUAAUGUUGAAGGCAGGUGAAGAAGAGUUCUGGGCCAAUCAACACCCACAGCCCUACCUGUUCCCUGAUUCACCUGGAGGAACAUCCUACGAAAGAUAUGAGUGCUAUAAAGUUCCUGAAUGGUGUCUGGAUCACUGGCACCCCUCAGAGAAAGCCUUGUAUCCUGAUUACUUUGCUAAGAGAGAGCAGUGGAAGAAGCUGAGGGCUCAGAGCUGGGAUAGAGAGGUCCAGCAACUGCAGGCUGAAACCCCUGCUGAUGGCCCAAAAUCUGAGGCUCUGCCACCUGCCCGUAAUGAGGGAGAUCUCCCACCCCUGUGGUGGCAGUUUGUCACUCGCCCCAGAGAGCGGCCCAUGUAAGGCCACACAUGUCAGACCUCUGAGACGUCUGACAGAUGUACACUUGAGUUCUAUGAGUUCAGCCCUUAUAAAUAUAAUAAAAUAUUAUGUACAUUAA